GUAAAAUGAUAUUAGUAAACUAGAAAGACAUGUAAGAUUUUGUUAAAUAUAUCAUAACAUUUAUCUGUAAGUGUAAUUGGACAAUUCUAUUUCCAACAUAACGAUUACACGAAGCCUUAAAAGACCAAUUAAUUAUAAUUAUCAUGUAUACAACUAUGAAUGGAAUGAUGGUAAAAGGUUUUAUAAGAGAUAUUCUCUAACAGAAGUGUAAUAAUGAGUUAUAAAACUGUAUCAGUGUGGGUGAAAGCUGAACCUUUUAGUUAUGGUGCUCUACCAGUUGCUCCAGAUCCUAGACUCACCUUUACGAAUAUCAGGAAGAUUGUAAUUUAUGCCAGAAAUAAAGGAUCAACAGGAUAUCCUUUACUGAGUUAUUCUGUAUGGAAACACAUAGCCUGUAACAAAUUACAUAUUACAGAAGAACUUGCAUGGAUGUUUUUCUCCAGUUGUCAUGUACUAGUGGGAAUAUUUUCACCAGUUGAAAGAAUAAGAUGGGAUGAAAGAUUAAAAAGAUGUAGAUCAGAUAGAGAGAUAGAUGACCUACGAUGUACAUUAAAGAUAGAUUUAUAUAUAUUUGUAUUAUAUUUAUAUAUUCAACAGUUGUAUAGAGUGUCAUUAAGAGCUUCAUUGGUAGCUGGGAGAAAUAUCAUGAUUAUUUUACUUAACUUAUUGCAUAAGUGGCCAAGUCAGUCAUCAAUAUCUUCAUUAGAUUUUGAUGGUCCUGGAACACCUAGAAGUACACCAAGAAACUCAAAAAGUUUAGAUGAUCACAGUCAUCAUGUUUUUGUACAGACACAUUUACAAGAGAUAUUAGAAUUGGUCUCAAGUGUUGGUGAGGAUAACGCAAGUAAUCAAAAUGGCCGACCAUCACGUACAUUAAGUUUAGAAGCUGUAGAAUCUCUAGGCUUUAUAGUGGCUGGCUCACCAGAAUAUAACAAGACAGUAAAAAGUUUAAUAGAGUUAUCAACAUCUCUAUCUAAUAGUUAUAAUACAGGCUAUGAUAAGUUCAGUCAACAUUUCAACCUUCAUCAAUUUCAACAGUGGAUUAAAGAUAAUCUUGCCCACAAUCCUUUUAGUGUGUCUGCUUGUAUAGCUAAUGGAACCAGACUAUCAUGGCCUCUUGCAGGUGAUGAAGGUAAAGGAGAGAGUAAUAAAAGAGGUAAAAUAGCUACUAAUGCUAAUAUUGUACCGAGACAUCAUGUCAUAGGGAAUAAAUUGAUAAUCAUGUCACAAGUUAGUAAACAGACUGUUGCUAGGAGUUCUGGAACAUUAGAAUUAAGUUGUGUUAAAAUACAUAGAAGUCAUUAUUCAUAUCUAUAUUUAUUGUCACCAUUGAGAUCAGUGACGAUAGAGAAAUGUAGAAAUUCCACUGUAAUACUAGGACCUGUAGAAUUAACAGUACAUCUUAGUAACUGUGAAAAUAUUACAGUGAUAGUACCUUGUCGUAAUAUUAUAGUCAGUGGUUGUACAUCAUGUACAUUACAUCUACUAACACCAAACAGACCAACGUUACUGAGUGGUAAUGAUUCUAUAUUAAUAGCACCAUAUCAUACAUAUUACCCCCAAUUAGAGGAACAUAUGACACGAGUUGGACUGGGGUCAGAUUUAAAUCUCUGGGAUCAACCACUCUGUGUGGGCCCAGAUCAUAAAGGACAAUCUCAGUGGGAUUUUUUACCAAGUGAAGUUUUUCAUCAGUUUAGGAUUCCAUUUGAAAUGGAGGGACCAACACACUCUAUACCAGGAUUACCCAAACAAUAUCUAAGAUAUUUAAGUCAGCGUCAAAAACAAGUAGAUAACUGGCAGAAAAUAGUGAAAGAAGCUCAUUUAAGUCGACCACAACGUAAAGAAUUUCAAGUUUUAGUUGAAUCCAGAUUUCAGACAUGGCUAGCUGAAACUGGUUAUAAGAAAGAAUUAGAUGGUCUAGUUGUUCAACAGAAAAAAGAAGGAAGAAAACGAUAAAAUUAACUCAAAUUUCAAUCAUUUAUACAUAAGAUCAAAUUUAUCUUUUUUUAUUUACAUAAAGUACCACAGAGAUUUGUAUAUAUUAUUGUAAAUUAUUUCCGUCCUAUAACAUGUCUCACAAUAAACUUAUUUAUUUCUGUAUAAUCUUGUAUUUGUAUAGUAUGAUAUACUGUGCAUAACAGGACUGUUGAUAUGUCUAAGGAAAGUUACAGGAGCUGUGACCAGGGUGAUGCUUUGAAUAAAAUUACUACCACUCAAUAUUAUUAUGUCUGCAUUGUUAUGUCAACUUGUUGAUUUUCAUCUCGACGAGUUGCGUCAUAUGUAUGGUGACAGAUUUGAGGGGAUACGUAUUAUAUGUGCACUAUAUUCACUGUAUGGAAUUGAAAUUUCAUUUAUUUUUUUUAUAUUUACAUAUUUUUUUAUAACUUUUCAAUAAUUUCCAUAGUGCUUUAACCUAUAUAAUAAAGCUGUUCCAGUAUGAGUUGCCACAGUAAAAUAACCACUAUUUAAUGAGAAAAACAUAUCUUGUGGUACACGUAAACUUUUAUCUAUUAAAUCUGGAUAGUUACUGAACACUUGCAUCGAGGGGAAAUGUAC